UUAUUCUGCAAGAGAGAAAGGCAACCCCAGACAGUGCUGAAGUUUUCAGAGACCGGUUCUGCUGUUCAGAAGUUUUGUGCAAAGCUGAGGAGUUCAAUAACUUGCCAAAAUGUGUAAAGGACUUGCGGCUUUGCCCCACUCAUGCCUGGAAAGGGCCAAGGAGAUUAAGAUCAAGUUGGGAAUUCUCCUCCAGAAGCCUGACUCAGCUGUUGACCUUGUCAUUCCAUAUAAUGAGAAGCCGGAGAAGCCUGCCAAGACCCAGAAGCCCUCGCUGGACGAGGCCCUGCAAUGGCGUGAUUCUCUGGAUAAGCUCCUGCAGAACAACUAUGGGCUUGCCAGCUUCAAAAGUUUCCUGAAGUCUGAAUUCAGUGAAGAAAACCUUGAGUUCUGGAUUGCCUGUGAGGAUUACAAGAAAAUCAAGUCCCCUAUAAAGAUGGCUGAGAAGGCAAAACAAAUUUAUGAAGAAUUCAUCCAAACUGAGGCACCUAAAGAGGUGAAUAUUGACCACUUCACUAAAGACAUCACAAUGAAGAACCUGGUGGAACCUUCCCUGAGCAGCUUUGAUGUGGCCCAGAAAAGAAUCCAUGCCCUGAUGGAGAAGGAUUCCCUGCCUCGCUUUGUGCGCUCUGAGUUUUAUCAGGAGUUAAUCAAGUAGUAAUUUGAUCUGUCUACAGCAAUCAUUCCACGAGUUCUGCUUUCUACAGUAACAAUGAAUUUUCCAAUUACCUGCAUAUUUAGCUUCCCAUAGCAGCUUUGCUUAAGGAUACCCAGGGAGUGCUGUACUACAUCAUUCAGUAUGUGGAUCUGUUGUCUGAGGGCCUUUCAUUCUUCCUAUCCCAUUCAAUUGAUCUCUUCUCAGUUUCUGUCAGCCUUCAUUUGUCACAGAAAAAUCCUGCCUAACACAAAACUAUCUCAGAGAAGAAUAGGAUAUAAUCAAGGGCGGGGUAGAUCGUUGCCACCUAAGCCAGUAAGAAAAAAAAGAGAGAGAAUAUAGCUAUGAAAGGCCAAUUUCAAAGGAACACAAUUGAUUUAUUGUUUUAAUCUUGAUUGAAAGAGAUCACUUGCCUAAUUAUUUCUGAAUUUUUGAAAGUAGUAAGAUUUUGAUGAGAUAACCACUUGGUUUUCUAAUAGUGCUUUCUUCAAUAGCAUCUUUAUGUUGGUUGGAUAUGACACGAUACAUAGGAGAUACAACCAUGAAGACAUUGUUUAUACAAAAUCAAUCUAAACAUAAUUCAUAUUAAUCCUGACUUUAUUUCUCGCCCCUCUCUAUGUAUGUUCUCUCUAUAAAUCAUUUUUGAAUUGGUGACUUAAGAUCAACAAUGAAUUACUUGUUAAAAUACCUAUGCAACUGAGAUAUAGGCCAAAAUUUAAUUUUCAGAUGACUUGAAAUCCUUCUGAGUGUACAAUUAAUCCUCAAAUUUCUAACUCUAAUCAUAUAAAAGAAAAAUGUUUCCAUGCUUUGGAGUGGCCUAUUAUCUCAAUAGCAAAAGGUCAAUAUACUAAAAAGGGACAAACAUUCUCAAAAUUAAUUAUAGUUAAUUAUCCUAUGAUGCCAUCUGUUUCUUUAGUAAUGAUGAUUAUCUUCAAAAUACCAAAUUGUCUUUGAAAAAGUACUGUCACUAUGUGAAAGCUUUCUCAUAUAGAAAGCUUUCUGAAAGGAUUCUGAAUUUUGCAAAAUAAUGUACCCUUUCAGCAACCCCAGACUUCCUUCACUAUCUUACUUUCUGAAUUAGUUUUAAUUAUAGUCAGACGUUCAGAUUCACACUCCCGACAUGCUUCAUACAGCUGAUUGAUAAGCUAUGGUAUUUUAAUAGGUUUAAACUUAUAGUUCUAAAUUUCUUUAUUACAGGUCUUGCUAGAAUCUUUCACAGAUUUUAUGAAGUAAUGAUUCACAUAAUUUAGUAAGAAAUAUACGUAAACUAAACCAUACAUAAAGAUAGUUAAAUUGAGGACAUUGAGUUAAUUUCUAAGAAAGAAGGUGUUUUUUACAGGACUAAUAAAAUUCUUAAAUGGUUAAGUAGAUUACAUUGUUUAAUUUUAUAUUUUCUCCUUUUCUUUCCCUUUUUCAUUCACACACACUGCUAGUUUCCCACCAUGUUUAUCUCAUUUAUUCACUUAUUUCUGAAGAAUAUUGAAAGCUAAGUGACUUUGUUAUUCUUCUCUUUGGGAAAACACUGUGGAUGUUGGCAUGAUUUUGGUGGUUUUAAAGGAUAAUUUGUCCUGAAUUAUUGACAUUUCACAUUCUCAAUAUGAAUUGAAGUGGCAGUGUCCACAGUGACAGUUACAAGUAUAGGGAUUCAUUUAUGUUAGUCACUAUUGUCUACUAUAGAGAAUCUCCUUCAGUUAUCAGUCUACAGACAUAUGAGCUCAACACUGCAGGCACGGAGAUGUUCUCAUUCUGUGCUCUUGGGUGGGGUCGGCAAGACACUCAGAUGAAAAGUCCCAGGAUGUAUUAUGGCAUUAUUUUCCUCGGCAUCUUGCCAUUCUGCACCAAGUCAAUAAAAAAAAUAGUCUCAGACAUUGAAAUCUUAAGAAUCUAGGAAAGUUCAUUCCUCCUUGAAUGCCAUACAUUUUAAAGAAAAACUAAUCUAGUUAAAAGUUUUAAUAUUUUUCCACAUUAUUCAAACUAGUCAAAUUUGGUAAUUGCCCAUGGAAUUACCUAGGUACCACAGAUUCCACUCAGGUGAUUGUUGUUAUGAAGACUCUAGUUAGCAAACUGACUGUAUGUCCUGUAUGGAAGGCUGAAGUGUCAGAGGAUGAGGAGAGCCUUUGCUGAUCCCAGAGGCACAGGGCAGGAAAGGGCAUCUCAAAAUAAGGUUGUGAAAGCUUCAAACAAUGAGAGGGAAAGUCCUGAAGUCAAAUGGCAGCAUUAUAUCUGCACAUCUACCUAUAGCUGUAUAGAAUUUUACGUUUAAAGAAUCCUAUGCAUGCAUAUGUAUUCUUCUAUUAUAUAAAAUAAUAAAAGGAACAUAAAUAUUCUAGACCCAAUGAGAAGCCAUAUGUACUAAAGUUGCCCUAGAAAUUCUUUUAGGAAAGCUCUUUGAAACAAAAAAUAGAGCACUAUUUUAAAAACAGCCAGGAAGAAAAAGCAAAACUUCUAUGUUGGUAGCUGUUUCCAAGUAGUUUCCAUGGUAACUCAAAGAAAAUACGUUCUUUUAAAUCUGGGAAAUUAGAAAAUGUGGGAUGUUCUUUCCAGGAAAAAAAAAGAUAACCUCUAUCUAUCAUUGCUCUCCCUCCCCCACUUCUUCUCUACUUUCCUUUGAGUAAAUUACCUGGGAAAAUAUGAAGCUUCAUGCAAGAGCCCUGCAGUCUUUGCAUUUUCCUCCCUUAUGAAAAUGGAACCAUAGUCAUAGUGGAUUCCGGAUGUAGGAACGUGUUGGAACCAAGUUUUGGUCAGUGGAAAUAGAAGUAUUUGUUUUUUGUUGUUGUUGUUCUUGAGAGAAACCUAUGAUUAGCCUAGGUGCUGGCUCCUAACCUAAGUUUUUCUGCUUGGAUUUGAUAUAGCUUGGGGUUAGGGUCAGAGCAAAGAGCUAGACUAUCAGUUCCAGAGUAGUUAGGAAACUAUGUUCAUGUUUGUUUAAAAGCAGUGGUGGGUCAUGUGAAGAGCCCUCCAUCCUUCUCUUCUUCCUCCUCUAACACACAUACAUCCCAUCACAGAUUUAAAGAUUUGAGAAUCAUCUGAACAGCUAGUUAUAUUUUAGCUAAGUGACCUUUACUUCUGAAUCUAUUUCCUCUCAUAAGCCAUUUUCCCAAUUUCUUGAGAAUCUGGAUUGUUUUGGAGAGGAUGGGUCAUGAGAUAAAAAGACAAGAAAGCAGAUAAAGGAAGUUGUAAAGAAGUGCCCAGAUUUACGAAAUUAGUCCAUUGGCUAAGAAAGAUUUAAGAGCAGCCCACUUUAACUGAACAUCAAAUUGCUUGUUGCUGUCAUCUUCCGGAUUUCCAGGGAGGUAUUUCUUAACCCGCCAUGCAGCUCAUUUUAACAUCUUAGAGAACUUUUACUAGGAGAAAAAAAGAAACUUGGAGAAUCUCCUUUUGCCAUUUGACUUGCAUGUGCCAGAAAGCAAAGAGUAGAGAGCUCGGUUUCUAAUAUUCAGUCAUUCAAACCUAAGAGCAAGGCAACUCUAUGUAGGUUUUAGAUAUUAAGUUUUGGUGUAUCUUGAUAUAUCCUGCCUGGAUUGGUUAUGAGGCCACUCUGGCUUAUUAUCUAUGUUAAAAACAUACAUUUAACAUUGGCUUAGGGCAAAGUUCUUUAGUUAACAACUUAGAAACUGCUUCUUGUGUUAAAUAUACUUUUUAAUUUUUUAACCAAAUCAUCUGUCAAACCAGAGCAACUGGUAUCUAAAGAAAUGCUUUCCCAGCAACAAUUUUGGAACUGAAGGGUAAAUUCUUUCCACUUAGGAGACACCUACGAGUUUGAAUGGAAACUCAUACCAUAGAGCGACAGGCAAAACAUAUAAAAUAUUUGGAGUACUAUCUUCAACCCAUAGUUAAAUAAUAAUCUUAUUUUUUCUGGUAGAAAAACUAUAACACAAUCUUAUUCAUAUCUAUUUGAAUAAAGAUACGGCAAGUUACCUACUUUCUCAUUAGUGAUAUUUUCCUCCCUGCAUAUCCCUGUAGUUCCCUUUCCUUUUUCUCUCUGUAGCAGGAAAUAUUUAAAAUAGUUGGGUCUAACCAAGGUUACGUGAUAAUGAGUACAUUAUAAGCAAGUAACUUCUGGUAUAAGAAAAUAUAUAGGCUAAUGCAGACAAGACAAAGGAAAAUGUUGAGAAAUGCAUUACCAGAGAGGAGGAAUAAACAUAAUAUUUUCAAAACUCCAUUUUACAUCAUAUUGUACCUGGAAACGAGGGAACUAAAGUUUGUGGGGUUUUUUUAAAUACUGCAACUUGAAAAUCAUCUUUAGGAGGUAAAGUCAGGAGAAUGGAAUAGAAAUAAAAGGCUGAAAAAACCAUUUUAUCUGCCUUAGUUCUAUAAGCUUUAAAUUCUCGAACAAUUGUGCUUAUCUUCUGUUUUCUUAACCCACUAUUUUACAUACUAUACAACUCUUGCUUCUUGAUAAAUAAAUCACCAGAUAUAUAUCUGUAACCACAAUCAUAAAUGUUAUAUUAAACAUAUACCCACGUA